AUGCCUCGUACUUCCUCCCGAUUAGCCGCCACGCUCCCCCGGGGGCAGGCGGGCAUCCAGAAUUUUGCAAGAGCGACCAAGCCAGGAGCCACGACUGCCCCUUCCACGAAACUUGACAAGCCCACGGUCGCUCAUUCCCUUUCUCACUCGCCAUCGAAGAAACGGAAGCUAGUCGAGAUCGAGAAUGUGGCUAGUGGAGGAGGCGUCGCCGCGUCAGGGGCGGAAACCAGGGCGAACGAUCAACAAAAGCAGGUCGAGAACGAAGCCGCUACACCCUCCAAGACACUUCGGUUCGAUGAAUUGUCCGUUUCGUCACCCCAGCCGCGCAGUGGUCAUCAUGUUACUCGAUCGCCGUCGGUUCGGUCUCAAUUGCGUUCUACGCGUGGGUCGGUGUCGGUGUCGGAGGGGAUUCCUCAGACGCCGUCGAAGAGAAGUCGAUCGGUGACGUACAAUGCACGAUCGGUGCCGCUGUCGAUGUCGAAGUCGAAGUCACAGCCGAUAACAAAGGUUGUUUCGCGUCCGCCUUUUUUCGAUGAAUUGUUGAAGUUGCAUUCGGCUUUUUUGAAGGCUCUUACGCUUCAUUCCGCGCAUAAUGGUGUUAUCGCUCCUGUUGAUUUAAGGGAAUUUCUGCAGGCCAUUGGACAAGUGUGGAGGAAGAGAAAAGUCGUGGUAAAGGACUUGCAGCGCUUGGUGUGGAUUUGGGAACAGUCUCAAAAGCAGAACGGACCGAAGUCGCCUUUCCGAUUGGCGAACUACGGAUUGGGACGUGUGUGUCUGGAACGAGAAUGGGCAGGACGGAUCGACGAGGCCGAAUGGCAAGAGCAGUUCGAACAGACCCUCGACCUCCUUUGGGAGAAGACGCUCGAUUCGAUCCCGAACCUGGCUGAUGAUGAGGAGAAAAAGGUGGCUGAGAAUUUUAUCGAGACUCUGGGCCUUUCCCCCAUCCACGAAUGCCUUACGCCUCUGACCUCGUUCCGGAAGGGCCAGCAACGACUGCAGGAUCUGAAGGGUGGUGUGAUUCGAAUGAAGACCGAGAAGCUUCGGGCGGAUUCUGCGAAGGAUGAUGAUAGUCCUGCGCUCAAGACCCUCCUCGAUGCUACGCCGAACCGCCGCAAGAGUCUUUUGGAUCGGAUCAAGAACAAGGAGCUUCGUCAGUCCACGCUCCCGCCUCCGCCAUCGAAGGAUAUGCUCCUUCGGCGUGCUGCCGUCGAGCGUGUCGAAGAUGUGGCCAAUGUGCUUGCCUCGUUGCGGCCGGUCGGAUAUGUCGGUUCCGGGAUUAAGGCGAUGUUGGCUGCUCAGAGGAAACCGUUCCAAAUCCCGACGAUCGUGCAGUAUGUUCAGGACUCUGUCCGGAACCCCAUCUCCUCCCGAGAGGUUGAGAUCUGCCUCGAGAUUAUGGCCCGCGCUGACAUCGCCGGGAACUGGGUGAACUUUGUCACUGUGAAAGCGGCAAAGAUGGUCGUGUUGAAGUCUUGUGCCGACGUUUCCCCCAAGGAACUCGCGACCAAGGCAUGUUCGAUGAAGAUUGGAUAUUAUGACGAAUCUGUUGCCAACUGA